AUGGCUCCUCGAAAGUUGUGUAAUGAUUUCAGGAACACUUCCGUGUGCCCAGACAAGAACAUCCCAUAUCUUUCUGGUUCUUCUCCCACCAGCCACCCCCACUUUGGCUCACAGUACAAGUUGCUCAGUAAAUGUUUUUGUGUUGAACGGACCCAGUCCAGCCUCCCACACAUUGCAGAAGAACCUACUGGAGGCAGUGAGCCAACAUACCACACAGUUCCUGAAGAGUUUGACUUUUCAGCAACUGAGGACCUCAGGAAAAAGGCCUAUGAAAUGGUUUAUCCUCAAAAGCUCCCAGUGCUUCAUAAAAGAGAUACUGAGAAAAAUCAAAAGCAUGGCCCACAGGAAAAAUAUGAUUCAGAGGUUCUCUAUGAGAUGAUUCUUCAUGGUACACAAAUGGUACUUCACUUGAAAAAAACAGAGGACCUUGUGGCCCCAAACUACAGUGAAACACAUUAUUCCCAAAUUGGGGAGGAGAUCACCACAAAACCUCAGUUCAAGGAUCAUUGUUAUUACCAAGGGCACGUCCUUCAUGAAAAGGACUCUGCUGUUAGCCUCAGUAUCUGUGAUGGCUUAAGGGGAUACAUCAGGAAGCAUGACCAAAGGUAUCUCAUCGAACCUCUAGAGCACAGUGAUCAGGGAGAGCAUGCCAUCUUCAAGUAUGAGCACAAGAUCCAAGACACAAACAACGGGAGCUGCGUGGUGUAUAACUUUUCCAAGAGAGAGGCCAUCACUCAAGGCUCCAGAUCUGGCCUCAGUUUGGAAAAGUACAUUGAACUCUUCAUUGUUGCUGAUCAUGCCUUGUACCGAAGACACAAUCAUCUGCAGAAAUGGCUGAGGACCCGGAUUUUCGGCAUGGUUAAUUUCGUCAACAUGCUUUAUAAGACCUUGAAUAUUCAAGUGAUCUUGGUUGGUCUUGAGAUGUGGACAAACGGAGAUAAAAUAGAAGUCAAUUCAAACCUGGGCACUACCCUUCUUUACUUUGGUGGCUGGCAGGAAACAACCUUGAAAAAAAGAAAGAAUUUUGAUCAUGCUCAACUACUCAGUGGAAAUUGGCUCUCACAGACUGCUCAAGGAACAGCCUAUCCCUGGGGGAUGUGCGUGCCCUAUCAUUCCUCCAGUAUUGUGAAGGAUCACUUACAUGACACCAACAUGGUGGCUGACAAAAUGGCUCAUGAGCUGGCUCAUAGCCUUGGAAUGCAGCAUGACACCUAUCCUUGUGCCUGCACCUACGGACGAUGUGUAAUGGAUGGAGGAGGAAGCAUCCCCUCCCAAGGAUUCAGCAAAUGCAACCGCAACCAAUACCGUCAAUAUCUCCUGGAUUACAAGCCCAUGUGCAUCCUUAACGUCCCGCUUUCCAAAGACAUCAUUACAUUCCCAAAGUGUGGGAACCAGAUAUUAGAAGUGGGAGAAGAGUGUGAUUGUGGCAGCUUGGAGGAUUGUACCAAUGUUUGCUGUGAGGCGAAUAAGUGCGUCCUGAAGCCGGGAAGUGCCUGUGGAGGGGGAGAAUGUUGUGAGGCUUGUAAGAUCAAGAAAGCUGGGAUUCUGUGCAGAACAGCCAAAGAUGAGUGUGAUCUGCCUGAGUUAUGUGAUGGCUUCUCCCCUAAGUGUCCUGUGGAUCGAUUUCGAGUGAAUGGAUUCCCUUGCCAGAACUCCGAAGGCUAUUGUUUCAUGGGGAAGUGCCCCACAAGAGACAAUCAGUGUUCUGAGAUGUUUAAGGAUGAGGCUAAAGGCAGCCAUGAUAUCUGUUAUGAAAGAAAUAAAGGAGGACAUAAAUUUGGUUACUGCAAAAAGGUGGACAAGCGGUUUAUUCCCUGCGAUGACAAAGAUCUGAAAUGUGGGAAGAUAUACUGCACUGGAGGCCAGUACUUUCCAUCUUAUGGGGAGGACAAAACUUACCAUCUUAAGGUUCCAGAGCAGAAUAUUACAGUGGAAUGCAAAGCAUUUUUCCCAUUCCAGUACACAGAAGAUCUAGGCAUGGUUGCUUCAGGAACAAAAUGUGGGGAUGGCAAGGUGUGCAAAAAUGGCGAAUGUGUGAAUAUUGAGACAGUCUAUGACUCCACCAAUUGCUCUUCCCACUGCCCAGGAAAUGCUGUAUGUGACCAUGAACUCCAGUGUCAAUGUGAAGAAGGGCUGACACAUCCUAACUGUGAUGAUACCACAUUUACUACCAAUGUCUCCAUUGUGGCUGGAGUGCUGACCAUGGUCCUGGCCACAGUUGUGAUCUCUGUGUUGUUUGUCCACCGCCAAAAGGCCAGUAAGCAGAAACAAGUUCAUAGCCCUUCCUCUACCACACCUGCAGUGGACAAUCAAGGACACUCAAAUGAAGAGCAACAACAGACCAGAACUGAGCCAGUUGUUUGCACCCAAAAUCAAAAUGCUUCAGACACCUUUGAGGAUAUCCCUGCUGGUUAUUCCAGUCCUCAGUACAUUACCAUGAAAUCGACUGGUAAGGAAUCCAGAGUAGUUCCAGUAUCCAACCAAAAUGUCAGAAUGCCACCUGCAAAGCCAAGGAUUCCUCCACCACCAAUCCCUACCAUGGCACCACCUUUCUCUCCCCAGGUGGGUAGAUGUUUAUUUAAUCCAGCGCAGUAUAUUGCAGACGCUGACACAGUAACCCCAUUGGCUAUGCAGGAAUCAUGGCCAAAAGAGCUGCAGCUGCCGUCUCUGACUCUUGGAGGCAGCAAUCACCCCUCCUCCUUUCCCAUCUGCAGGGAAUGCAGCCUGGUCAGUUAG